AAAAGCUCGACUCAGCAAUUUCCUGUCUAUCGGUAAGCUGGCUACAGGUGGCAGGCACGAUACCUGAAGACGCCUCCACCUAUUGACUAGGGUGACUAAACAUCGCGGGUUCGAGUGGGGCCUACUUCAAGAAUCAUCACCAUAUUGGGGAAAGAAAAAAGCUUGAAUACAAACAAAUCUCGACUCGAACUCAGAACUCUGAACUGUCAGAACGAAUAAAAAAUUUAGUCAACGAGCAGAUUUGAAUGUGUCAGCGUUGUCGAAUAGAGUUCAGAUCAUCUACCAACAGUUUUAAAAGCACAAUACUUACUGUUAAAACAAUUUUAAUAAGUCAUUGUUUAAAUAGUUUAACACUAAAAACUCUUUAAGUUACUUUAGUAAUAUAAAAUAAAUCAGUGUUUGAUUAUCAGUGUUUAUUUAAAUUAAUAUUCAUAGAUACGUACAUUUAGUACAGUUACAAGUGUGUAUACCUAGUUUCAGCGUAUUACUGGUUUAUAGAAUAAUAAUAUACUACAAUGCGCCCACCAAAAGAUUCGAUAGUGUGGAAAUAUUUUGAGAAAAGGUCGAAUACAAAAAUCAUAUGUCUCUUAUGUGGAGGACAAUAUAAACUUUCAUGGUAUACUCCCAAUUUGCACGAACAUUUGAUCCGCAAACAUAUGGUGAAACGUGAAGUCAAUCGAUAUGUGCACGAAGUAGUUGAAGAGGUGUACAGCGAUGAAGACGAGGAAUGGGAGAUAUCUGAGACAACAGCAGAACAAAUAACACCUGUUGUAUCUACUUCUACUAAAAAGAAAUCUAAAAAGAAAUCUAAAAAGAAAUCUAAAAAGAAAAGUAAAAAGGCACAGAAGCAGGCACAUGAUAAGGAAUUGGAAACUGAGGCAACAGAACUGGGACAAUCAAAGAUUGACAGAUUAAAUUCUUUCUUAUUAACUAUGAUUUGUGAAGACUUACAACCCUUAAGCAUAGUCGACGACAAGGGAUUCAUUGAACUUCUUCGUGAACUUGAACCUCGGUAUCAAUUUCCAAGUCGAAAUACCUUAAGACACACCAUUUUGCCACAAGUAUACAAGAGUGUUAAAGAUUUAAUUAUGAAAAAUCUACAGCAAAUAGGUUACGUUUCCAUCACCACAGAUCUUUGGACAAAUUUAAAUAAGCAAUCUUAUCUAACAGUAACCAGCCAUUAUUCUUUACAAAAUAAAUCAUAUUCAAAUGUUCUGGCCACUAAAGCUUUGUAUGAAAAUCCUACGAGCGAAUAUAUAACAGAUAUACUGAGCAUUAUUUUAUCAGAGUUUCAAAUAUACGAAAAAACUGUUGCAGUUGUAACAGAUAAUGCUGCAUAUAUGAGAGAUGCUGUACGUAAUCUGGGAUAUUUACAUUUACCAUGUACAGCACUUACGUUAAACUUAAUAGUACAUGACUCGAUUGAUGCAGUUCCGGAAAUAGUCAAUACGAUAAAAGCAUGUCGUUCUUUAAUCAGCUAUUUUAAAACUGAUAUGUCUGCCGACACAUUGACAGAAUUUGGGUUGCAAACAUUAAAAUUAAAACUGAACUUACCAACCAUAUGGCAUUCUUCUGUUACAAUGCUAGAAGGGUUAAUCAGUCUGAAGGUUCCUAUAUCUGCAGCUCUAGAAUCAUCUACAUCUGUAGACAUAUCUGAACAACAAUGGGAAAUUAUGGAGGAUAUCGUAUUAGUAUUAAAACCAUUAACAGAUGUAACUAUGGAAUUAAAUGCAGAUGGAUAUUCUAUAGCUUCGAAAAUAAUACCAUUUGUAGGAGAAAUUGAAAAUGCAAUUCAGAGUAUUGAACCUAAAACGGAACCUGGACUUGCUUUGAAAACUAAUAUAAGAGACAAUAUUGAACACAGAUUUAUUGAUGCAAAAGAAAAUAAAAUUACAACAAUGGCGUCAAUAAUAGAUCCCAGAUUUAAAACAGCCGCUUUCGAAGAUCAAAUGAAUGCAGAAAUAUCAGUCGCAGAUUUGGAAGCGGAUGUUCAAAGUAUGUUGAGAAUGCAACAUAAUGCAGAAUCAACAAAUCAAGAAGGGAAAAUAGAAAGUGAGGAAGGAGCAGGCUUCUGGAAGUUUCAUCUGAAGAAAAUUUCUCAUCUAACGAGAAGUUAUGUCGAGUCUUCGGAAAACGCCGCAAAUAUAGUCAAGCGAUAUCUGCAACUGCCCUACGAAAGUAUCGAUAGUGACCCAAUCAAGUUCUGGGAUACACAUGGGGAUAAAAUGCCAGAAUUGAAAAAAAUAAGUCAGAAAUACUUAACUAUCCCGGCAACGUCUGUUCCAUCCGAAAGGAUAUUUUCAAAAGCUGGACGGAUCAUGUCUGCAAAGAGAAGUCAAUUGGCAGAGACGGAUUUAGAUACACUUNGAAUUCAUCUGCGUUCCCAUGCUCCUCGGAUUUGCGAAACUUAA